UAAUGAGUAAUCACCUACCGCGAUUUGCUAUUGAAAAAGAAACAAACAGCGGCUAUUUAAUUUCUCCGUGAAAAUCCAUCGUUUUCGAGUGAAAAAUGAAUCCAAACAUGAACAUGAUGCCCAUGUCCGGUCCACAGAUGAUGCAGGUAAUGCAGUCGUCACCGUCAGGACCCCCAGGUCCUGUACCCGUGCAACACCAGCAGCAACAACAGCCGCAACCGCUACAGCAGCAGCAGCAGGCCGAAAAACUGGACAACAUAUCCAGGGUGAAGAGUUUGUUGGGACCUUUAAGGGAAUCCAUGUUUCUUACUAUCAGAUCCAGUGCCUUCACCUUGCAGCAGAAUAAUCUAGCGGAUAACCUGAAAAGGGACACAGGAGCGCAUCAUGUUCCACGAUUCGACAAACACUUGGAGGAUUUCUACGCCUGCUGUGAUCAAAUUGAGAUUCAUUUGAAAACGGCCAUGCAGUGCCUCCAGCAGCAAAACUCCUCAAAUCAUUAUCUCCCCGGUCCGGUGACCCCAAUGCGUAUGGAGACCUUCAUGCCGGAUAACGCAGGACCCAUUCCAUAUCCCACAUACUUGAACACCGUCCGGGUUCACGUCCAAUCGGCGAAGGAUAUCCACGAUACCCUCAUUAGCGCCGCACAAAACAUUUCACAGGCUGAUUGAUAGUUGUAGUCGAUUAGGUCUUAUAAUUUAACAAAUCUAGGCUUAAGUUUAUUAAUAAAUAGUACUGAUAUUAAGAAAA